GUCAAUUGUAUUUCACAGUGAAUAGAUUUCACCGUUUGUACUGAAAAAUGAAACAAUUUCAGAUUGUGUCGAUUAUUGUGUUACUCAUCAAUGCUAUAGUUUGCACUGCAAGUGAUAAUGAUGAUUUGUGUGUAUUGGAUAAUGGCUGUAGUGACUUGCCAUUAAAAGAACCGGUUGGACCACCUGUGCAUACAAUAUACAGACGUUCGCCAAGUUAUGGUAGUGGAAGUGGUGGAAGUCCAGGACAACCUGGGCAACCAGGUCAGCCUGGUGGAUAUGGAGGUCAAGGUGGACAUGGUGGUGGUGGUGGUGGUUAUGGUGGUAGGGGUGGAGAUGGUGGUAGUGCUGGUGAGCCAGGACAACCAGGUCAACCUGGCGGGUAUGGUAUUGGUGGUCAUAAUGAAUAUGGCGGCGGUGAUGGUAGUCCUGGUCAACCGGGGCAGCCUGGUGGAUAUGGAGGUCGAGGUGGACAUGGUGGUGGUGGUGGUGAUUAUGGUGGUAGAGGAGGAGAUGGCGGCAAUUAUGGCUCCCCUGGACAACCAGGGCAACCAGGAGGAGGAGAGUAUGGCGGUCAGGGUGGUCAUGGUGAUGGUAGUUAUGGAGGCCAAGGUGGAUAUGGUGGCAUUGAUGGUUUACCAGGACAACCUGGCGCACCAGGUGGUGUUGGUGGUUGGAGUGGCAAUGGAGGAGCUGGAGGAGGAUGGAAUGCUGGUUGGGGAGGAGCUGGUGGUAGUGCUGGUGAGCCAGGUCAACCUGGCGGGUAUGGUAUUGGCAGUCAUAGUGAAUAUGUAGGCGGUAAUGGUAGUCCUGGACAACCUGGGCAACCGGGGCAGCCUGGUGGAUAUGGAGGCCAAGGUGGACAUGGUGGUGGUAGUUAUGGUGGCCAAGGAGGAGAUGGAGCAAAUUACGGCUCCCCUGGACAAUCAGGCGGUGGUAAAUACGGCAGUCAGAGUGGUCAUGGUGGCGGUAAUUAUGGUAGCCAAAUUGGAAAUGAAGGAGGAUGGGGAGGAAGUGGCGGUGUAGCUGGUGGUUGGGGUGGAGCUGGUGGGUUAAACGGAGCUCCUGGACAACCUGGCUCACCGGGCAGUUACGGUUGGCCAGCUAGUGAACCUAAUGCUUUGUCUGGUAAUUAUGGCGGUUACGGCGGCGGAGGUGGUGGGCAAUGGUCUGGUGCUGGUGGUGCCGGUGGUGGGGGCGCUGGUGGUGGUGGUGGUGCGGGAGGCGCUGGUGGUGCUGCAGGGGGUCGUGGUGGUUAUGGUGGAUUAGGAGGAGCCGGUGGUGCUGCUGGACAUCCGGGUGCAUCGGGUGGUUACGGAUAUGGCGCUGGUGGUGCGGGUGGUGGAGGUGCAGGUGGAGGGGGUGGUGCUGGUGGUGCAGGUGGUACAGCAGGUGGUCAUGGUGGAUAUGGAGGUGGUGGUGGGUGGCAUCGCUGAGAGAUAGAAAAGUUUCGAUUCAUAUAAUGAUAUUAAAUUAGUUACUACAAUAUGUAAACUUAACAGUUGUUUUUCAGAAACUAACUUAAAGAUAAAGCAAUGUGUAAAUAAUAAUAAAUAAUAAUUUGCAUAUUUUACGUUUUCAUGUAACAAACAUUGUGCUAUUAUAUAUUUAUAUGUUAAUCGAGUAUUACAUUUAAUCUAAAAUAAUGUUUAUAAAAGUAGUUUUACUAAGUUUCACUUUUUUCAUGAAAAUGGUUGUAAAUAUUUCUUAUUUAAUUGCAUAUAUGACAUAUUCUACAUGACUCGAAUGUUUAAUAGCUUCUUAUAUCCGAAAAUAGUAAUAAAUAUUUUAUACUGAAAAAUAUAAA